UUUCUAAAACUGCAAACUCUGAACAUUGCAUUGAAGUCACGUAAAUUAAAAUUUUAGUUUAUCCAAUCUAAAAAUUGCAAUGAUCUGAUCGGAAUUCAAAACUACAAAAUGUGCUUCACGCUGCGAACGUGACCUCGAGAUUAAGCGGACUAAAUUGGAGAUAAUAAUCGACGAGUUUAGUUAAUUGAAAAAUAGUGUUCGUCGUGUAAUUGUAGACGAUACAAGUCGAAGUUUUUUAUUGAAGAGUGUUAGUAAAUCAGUGUGUAGUGUUAGGUCAGCGACCGCGGACACGAUGCUGUCUCGAUACGUGGUGUCUCAAGUGAAACACAACUCGUAUUUUCUUGUGGGCCUCGCGUUGGGGCUAUGGGUGUCUCUAGCGUUGGUUCCGCUGGAUGAGGCCCCGGGGGCUGCGUGUGAGGCCGCGUUAGAUUCCGCCCCGGUCCCUGAUGACUUUGAGCCGCAGCGAGAGGAGCGCCCGUUGGGGCCUGCGGGCCGCGCUGGUGGUCGCAGCGUACAGCGGCCGAGAUAUUACAGCACUGAGCUUGGCAUGCGAGGGUCCCUGCUAACAGGAGUGCUAAGUUCAGAAGAAGCUCUGAAAAGCCAAAUAGCAGCUCUUAACCGCACAACAGCCAGACUGCAGCCAGCCCUGAAGUUCUUCAUCACAGCCAGCGCUAUGAGUUCCGUACCUGGCCUCGCAAAUGUUGUAGGCUUUACCGACACAAGAGAAAUGCUGAAACCUUUCCACGCACUCAAGUAUUUAGCUGAUAAUUAUUUGGAGGAGUAUGAUUUCUUCUUCUUGGUGUCAGAUACAGCAUUUGUAAAUGCUCGGCGACUGACAGAGUUGGUGUCACAAUUGAGUGUCAGCCAGGAUAUUUAUAUGGGGACAGUGGCUGAAGACGACAGCCAUUAUUGUUCUUUAGAGGGCGGAAUACUAAUAUCAAACUCAGUGCUCCGGUCCGUGCAUGCAGAGCUAGACUGGUGUGUGCGCAACUCCUACUCGCCGCAUCACCACGAGAACAUUGGCAGAUGUGUGCUCCAUGCUGCCCAUCGUGCUUGCUCCCCUGUCGCUCAGGGCGAAACCUACUACUCAGUCCGCGCCCCCACUUCAGACACGGCGCCCCCUCUAACAGAACAGCUAGCUGACGCUGUCACCGUGUACCCGGUCACUCGAGCGGACACAUUCUACACGCUACACGCAUACGUGUCGCGAGUGCACUUGCAGCGUGACCGCGCUGAAGUGACGCGACUGAGAGCGCAGCUGUGGAAGGGAGCUGCGAAACAUCCUCCCCACUAUAGGAAUGCCACGUGGCCGUCAGGCUUGAGGGCGGAUCCUGGAUUGGCCCCGCCUACUCCUGACUCCAGGUUCGACCACUUACGCUGGAUAUCGUUUAACGCCACGCACGCAUUCUUCCCGGACGACCAUCAUGAAGUGGCGCUUAUCACUGGAGCUGAUCGAGAGGCGCUAGAUUUGGUCCUGGAGAGUGUCCGCGCGUGGGGGCUGCGGCGCUGGGCGGGCGCGGGGCGCGUGGCGCUGGUGGAGGGCGCGCUGCGCUGGGAGCCGGCGCGGGCGCUGGCCUACCGCCUGCUGCUGCGCGCCGGCCGCCACGUACGACUCGUGGAAGUGCUCCGGCCGCUAGGUGCUGCUCGCCUAGUGCCCGUGCGCUACGUGACAGAGAGUGCGCGGGUGACGUUGUUGCUCCCAGUUCCCGUUCGCUCUCAGCUAUCAGACUUGAAGGCGUUUCUGUCGCGAUACGAAACCGUCUGCUUGGAGCAGGAUAAGAAUACUGCUCUUGUUAUAGUACUGAUGGGUAAUGCAAAUGAAACAGCCCCGUUCGACCCCAUCCGCGGUGAAGCUGAGACCCUUCGUCAGCGUCACUCCGGCGCCCAGAUACACGUGUUAGAGGCGGCCGGGGCGCCGGGCGUGUCGGCCGACCUGCCUGAAUACGAGGGGCUGUUACACUCGGGCGCCGGGGCCUUCGCAGCCGCAGCUACGCACGUGUCCAGAGACGCCUUGAUGCUGCUGCUGGUACCACAUGCUGAGUUUAAUCAGGACUUUCUUAAUAGGGUACGCAUGAACACGAUAUCAGGCGAGCAGUGGUACCUGCCGGGCGGGUUCGCUCGCUUCUCUCUAUACGCGCACCCGCGCUUCGUGGCGCCCGGCGGCGGCAAGCCGCAGGUCAACACGGGCCGGUUCAACCUCGCCGCCCGGCUUACACUCUCCGUGUACAGGAGUGACUACGACGCGGCCGUCGCGACGUGGAGGGGAGCUACUGAUGCGGCCCCCGCGGAUGUGCUCGCGCGGGCCCCGCUGCGGGCGAUGCGGGCCCCCGACCCGGCGCUGGUGCUGGCGCCGCGGCCUAGGGCCUGUGCGUCCGCAGGCGCCAGCACGUGCUCCCGAGCGUUACGCGAUAAGGAAUUCAGUACUUUAGACGCGGGCGCCAGACAUUCCUUAGCGCAAUUGCUUUUGGAAACUCAAGCGGAGCUCGAUUAGUUCUUAAAUGUACAAUUCAUAUACGUAUUAUGUAAUUAUAUUUUUGUAAUCGUG